AUGAUGAGGCUCCCCAAAGCCUUGAUCAGAGAGACGCAGCCGAUGAGGAAUACGACCCUCUCAGCCCUGGACAACCAGACGGCAAGCAAUACCCACCUCUCGACUCUGGACCAUUCCAGCGAUACCCACUUUCCGUAUCUCAAUAUCGCCUGCCUUCCACACCCGGGUACCAGCAAGAAUAACCAAGCCAGCAACCAUUACCAGACCCGCGACAACAACAAUAUCAGCAACACUUGCUUCACACACACGGGUACCAGCAACAAGAUCAACAACGAAACUCCAGGCCCGACAACCCAGAACAAUAUGCAAAUGGCUCUUCGGGUAAUGUUUCAGAACUCAUUCUAG